UUAAUACCCUUUACUAGUGAAAUACCACUACUAUAUUGGCUUUCUUUCAAAUAUUAGAAAAAUAAAAAGAAAUAAAAAAUUAAUCCCCCCAAAACCAACUCAACCCUGCCGUUAAUCUCACUCAAAAAUUUCAAAAACCCAAAUCGUUCUAAUGGCCUUUCAUGUUGCCUGCCCAAUUACCUGUCGGAGAAUUUGCUAUUGCGAAUUAGGGUUUCCGCGGAAGCUGCAGAAAGAGAGAGGAAAAGAGGAAUUUCUGGGCGAAGUUUCACGAAUUGAGGAGUUUAUUAAGGACCCCUGGUUGUUGAAGGCCGAGGCGAAUGCGACGGUGCAGGUUAAAGUUCCGAAAGUUGUUGUUGUUGCUCCGCCUGUGCCCCCUCCUCCGCCAAUUGCAGCAGUUCAGAGAGCUGGGGCGCAGGUAGUGCCUGCGUCUGUGGUUCCGGCGGUGGUGGAUGGUGGGGGAGGCGGGACAGGGGCAGGGGCAGGUGCAGCUGUUGGAGAUGGGGAUGAGGCGGCCUCAGCGCAGACUAAACGUGUGGCCUUGCAGAAGCAGGCUGCUGCUGCUUCAAUGGUGGCCGAGGACUUUGCCAGGAGGUUUGAGUCUGGAGAAAUGGUGGGUCCUGUCAAAGAUGAUGCACAAGAAGAGCAGGGUCUGUCAAAUGUCAAAGUAAUGUGCCGCUUAUGCUUCAGUGGUGAAAGUGAAGGAAGUGAAAGAGCAAGGAAAAUGUUGCCCUGCAAAAGUUGUGGUAAAAAAUAUCACAGGAGCUGCUUAAAAGCUUGGUCACAACAUAGAGAUCUUUUUCACUGGAGUUCAUGGACAUGCCCAUCUUGCCGAAUUUGUGAGGUCUGCCGAAGAUCUGGGGAUCCAAACAAAUUUAUGUUCUGCAAAAGAUGUGAUGGUGCAUUCCAUUGUUAUUGUCAGCAGCCACCCCACAAGAAUGUUAGUAAUGGACCUUACUUGUGCCCCAAGCACACAAAGUGUCAUAGCUGUGGUUCUAGUGUUCCUGGAAAUGGCUUAAGCGUGAGGUGGUUUCUUGGCUACACAUGUUGCGAUGCUUGCGGAAGGUUGUUUGUGAAAGGAAAUUACUGUCCAGUUUGCUUAAAGGUGUAUAGAGAUUCCGAAUCCACACCUAUGGUCUGCUGUGAUGUCUGCCAGCGCUGGGUGCACUGCCAAUGUGAUGGCAUCAGUGAUGGUAAAUAUCUGCAGUUCCAAGUAGACGGAAAUCUACAGUAUGGAUGUCCUACAUGUCGUGGAGAAUGCUACCAGGUUAAGAAUCUUGAGGAGGCAGUUCAGGAGCUCUGGAGAAGGAGAGAUGAAGCUGACAAGGAUUUAAUUGCAAAUUUGAGGGCAGCUGCUGGGUUGCCAACGCAGCAAGAGAUAUUUUCUAUCUCACCUUUUUCUGAUGAUGAAGAAAAUGCACCUGUAGUGAUGAAGAAUGAAUAUGGCCGCUCACUGAGGUUUUCUCUUAAAGGAGUAGUUGAUAAAUCUCCUAAAAAGAGCAAGGAAUAUGGGAAGAAAUCUUCAAACAAGAAGUCUGGGAAAAAGAAGGGGCAUCUGAUGUCUAUUGACAGUGUUCACGAGGCACAUCAGAAUUUUGAAAGGCAUGAUGAUGCUUCAUCAUUUGGUUAUGAUAAUAGGACUGAACAAGUGCUUUCUUCUAGAAGUGGAGAACCUGAUGGCUAUUUUUCUCCUGUUGCUGGAAGUGUCAAUGAUGGAAUGUGCUCUGUAAAUCAGGCCGGGGUUUUGAAGCACAAAUUUAUUGACGAGGUUACAGCAAGCCAUAAUAAUCGGGCUCAUAAAACGGUCAAAAUCAAGAGCAACAAACCUCAGGGGGGAGGUUUGGAUAAUGGGGAUGAUAGUGGAAAUCAGAGUAACAUGUCAAGGGCCACAAAGGGACCAAAGCUUGUUAUACAUAUAGGUUCACGAAACAGGAACUUGACUACUUCGCCGAGGUCUGAUGGUUCCAGCUACCAGAAGGACCAGGAUAUGACUACUUCAAAUGGAAGCGAAGACGUUGGCCAACCUAGGAAGAAUGAAUCUGUGCACAGGCAAGAGAAUGCAUCUAAACAUACUGAUGGAAAAGCAACUGUUGCUGAUCAAAAGAAAGGUCCAAAGCUUAGAGGAAAAGAUGGUAACUUGAUAAAGAUCAAAAAAGCUAACACCGAAGCUGGUGACAUGCCUCCCAAAUUUGGAGGAGCUAAAUUGUUGGAUGAAGUUGAACAAGUUUCUGGAUUAAACACACGGGCUCUAGGGAAAAAGAGCACGGAGGUUAGUGCAACUGGAGUAAGGAUAAAAUCUGAAUUUCCAGCCUCUAGAACCAAUAGAUUUUCAUCAGUGCCUGCAUGGGACAGUAGGCCUGGUGCUUUGGCUGAUGUGAGUGAUGAUGGUAAUCACGCACCUAUAUCAAAUUCUCAAAAGGAAUCGAAGCCGCUGCUCAAACUCAAAUUUAAGAAUCCUAUAUCUGAAAACCAGAGUACUUGGGCUCCUCCUAAGGAGGAUGAGAGAAGUUCUGUUAAGGGGCAAAGAUCCAAAAGAAAGAGGCCCUCACCUCCAAGGGAAAAAGUGUCAACCAAGAAUGAAGAUGAUGCGUCACGAGUAUAUGGAGACAGAAGUAUGGAUGAGAUCAUGGAUGCUAAUUGGAUACUCCAGAAGUUGGGUAAAGAUGCUAUGGGGAAGAGAGUGGAAGUUCAUCAACCAUCGGACAAUUCCUGGCAUAGAGGAACAGUAACUGAAGUGUUUGAAGGCACAUCAUUUGUCUCAGUUGCCCUCGACAAUGGGAAGGCCAAGAACUUGGAACUUGGCAAGCAGGGAAUUCGUUUUAUAUCUCAGAAGCAAAAGCGACAAUGAGUGACAAAAUUAACAGUGGAUGAUAGUUCCAUUUUUUUGGAGGUUUAUAUUACAUAGUGCAGAGUAGCAAAAGCUUUGAAGAUAUGAAGACUAGACUCUAGCAGUAGGUUUUUUUGGAUUUAAUAUAGGCGUACUCUUCGGUGGCAAUUCAACCCCUGCCUCCGAAGCUGUGACAAAUCUGAGCACUUUUUGAUUUAUUGCUCAAAUUUGGGGUGCUUCAAUGUGUCCUGGGUCUCUGUGCAGCUAGACUUUAUUGAAGGACAAGUGCUGCUCCAAUUUGUCCAUUUCCCUUCUUUUAUUUUUCUUAUAUACGCCUUGAUUCUUAUUUGAACAGCUGUACUAGAGAAAGAGUUCAAACCACCCUUCAAACGUGCGUUUGAGCCUAGCCAUUUAGUUUGUGCUGUAUUUGUAGUGAAUGGCGCUCAGACUUGCAGUAUAGCCUUUGAGCUGCUAAUACUUGCUGUUGUACAGGAAAUAUAUCCAAUAAAGAUUGACAUUUGAUUAAGAACUACA